CGACGAUAUAGUUUUCUGCCAAUGUUGAACCGUUUGAACCCAGUGAAUUAACAACAAAUGAAAUUGUGCAAAAAAUUGCAUGAUUAAUUAGAAGGGGAAAAAAAAAUUUUCUAACUCGAGUGUCUUGUUGUGGAAAUGAAGAAGAUAUUUUUCGAUUAAUUGAGUGUUUGAAAAAAGUUGUGAUUGCGUAGACACAUGGUGUGUGUGAAUCUUUUGCCUUCGCAUUCUCCAUGUUGCUUUUGAAGGGCUAGAGGGGAAAGUAUCCAAGUAUGAAUCGGGGCAGUUGCCCGUGCGCGAAGCUACGUGUAAGAACAAAAGUGUCGUAUGUCGUGCUCUUCUUCUUUCGUUUAUUGUCCUCUUAUCAUUGAUAAAUACAAGCAGAGCCAAAUCAUGGCUUCAUUAAAAACUCUUCGCAUCAGGAUCUUCCAAUUAAUACCAGAGUAACAUUUAGUAUUUUUUUUUAUUUGUGUCCGGGUAUAAGCGUUUCGUGUAUUGUGUUAAAAAAGAAAAAGGUGCGCCACACCGUCCUUUCAACGAGGACGAAUCAUGGGAUCUAAGUUUGAUGGACACACUGCUUUUGAAUCUCGUUUUGGGACAUAUCUUAGAAAAGACAUGAGCGAGAGGAGUGACUCGGAUUUUCAAUUUGCAAGUCCACCGGAGGCUCCAGUAUUUGAGCCCACUGCCGAGGAGUUCCUGGAUCCAUUGGGUUACAUUGCCAAAAUUCGUCCAAUUGCUGAAAAAUCGGGAAUCUGCAAGAUAAAACCGCCUCCUAAUUGGCAACCCCCUUUUGCUGUUGACGUGGACAAAUUUAAAUUCGUCCCAAGGAUACAAAGGCUAAACGAAUUAGAGGCAAAAACGAGGAUUAAACUAAAUUUCUUAGAUCAAAUUGCUAAAUUUUGGGAACUUCAAGGAUCGUCACUAAAAAUUCCAUUAGUCGAGCGUAAAGCACUUGACUUGUAUUCACUACACAGAAUAGUGACUAGCGAAGGUGGAAUAGAAAAUGUGACUAAGGAAAGGAGGUGGGCAAAAAUAGCAAAUAAACUUGGAUAUCCUUCAGGUCGAAGUGUUGGAAGUAUUCUUAAAAAUCAUUACGAAAGAAUAUUAUAUCCCUUCGAUGUUUUCAAACAAGGGAAAACUUUAAGUGAUAUUAAAAUUGAACCGGAAACGGAUGCCAAUGAACAAAAGGAUCAGGAUUAUAAGCCUCAUGGAAUUAUAUCGCGACAGCAAAUUAAGCCACCGAAUGCAAAAUUUUCGAGACGUUCGAAACGAUUCACUGGUCAGGAUGAUAAACAAGAUCCAUUAUCAAUUAAACAAGAAGACUGUAAGGAGGAAUGUGAUUCUGAUAAUGAUUGCAAAGAGGGUGUUAAGAGUAAAAAUGCAUCGCCCGAAAAAGGUGGUGCCGAAAAUAGUAAAGAAUUGAAGAAACUUCAAUUCUACGGUGCUGGUCCAAAAAUGGCUGGAUUUAAUACCAAAGAAAGCAAAAAAUCUAACAAAACCAGAGGGAUUAAACUCACCUACGAAUUCGAUCCGCUGGCUAAAUACAUUUGUCAUAAUUGUGGGCGAGGAGACAAUGAAGAGAAUAUGUUGCUGUGCGACGGAUGUGACGAUAGCUAUCACACCUUUUGUCUUCUACCACCUCUAACUGAAAUUCCAAAAGGUGAUUGGCGAUGUCCGAAGUGUGUAGCUGAGGAAGUUUCGAAGCCGAUGGAGGCUUUUGGUUUCGAGCAAGCUCAACGCGAGUACACACUCCAACAAUUUGGCGAAAUGGCCGAUCAAUUCAAAAGUGAUUACUUCAAUAUGCCCGUUCACAUGGUACCAACGUCACUUGUUGAGAAGGAAUUUUGGCGAAUUGUUUCGUCAAUCGAUGAGGACGUGACCGUUGAAUAUGGCGCUGAUCUUCAUACAAUGGAUCACGGUUCGGGUUUCCCGACAAAAACAAGUGUGAAUCUUUUUACUUGCGAUCAAGAAUAUGCCGAGUCUUCGUGGAAUUUAAAUAAUCUCCCAGUUUUACAAGGAAGUAUAUUGGGUCACAUUAAUGCUGAUAUUAGCGGAAUGAAAGUACCAUGGAUGUAUGUGGGCAUGUGUUUUGCGACAUUUUGUUGGCACAAUGAAGAUCAUUGGAGUUAUUCAAUAAAUUAUUUACAUUGGGGAGAGCCAAAAACAUGGUACGGUGUGCCUGGCUCUCUAGCCGAGAGAUUUGAGGAAUCAAUGAAAUCGGCCGCGCCUGAACUAUUUCACAGUCAGCCGGAUUUAUUACAUCAGCUCGUUACAAUUAUGAAUCCUAAUAUUUUGACAAAUGAGGGAGUGCCAGUAUUUCGAACCGAUCAACAUGCGGGUGAAUUCGUAGUCACUUUUCCGAGAGCGUAUCACGCUGGUUUUAAUCAAGGAUACAAUUUUGCCGAAGCAGUCAAUUUCGCACCAGCUGACUGGUUAAAAGUCGGGAGAGAAUGCAUUUCACAUUAUUCGAAUUUGAGAAGGUUCUGUGUUUUCUCACAUGAUGAACUGGUCUGCAAAAUGUCUUUGGAACCCGAUGCACUAGAUAUUGGUGUUGCUACAUCAACUUAUCACGAUAUGUUACAAAUGGUAGAUGACGAGAAAAAACUACGAAAAAAUCUUCUCGAGUGGGGAGUGACAGAGGCAGAACGUGAAGCUUUUGAAUUACUUCCCGAUGAUGAGAGACAGUGUGAAGCAUGUAAAACGACCUGUUUUCUAAGUGCUGUUACUUGUUCGUGUCAAAGUUCGCAAUUGGUUUGUUUAAGGCAUUUCACAGAUCUUUGUGAGUGUUUGCCUGAGAAGCAUACAUUGAGAUACAGAUACACACUAGAUGAAUUACCCAUCAUGUUGCAAAAGUUGAAGCUUAAAGCCGAGUCUUUUGACUCGUGGGUCGCGAAAGUGAAGGAGGCAAUGGAUCCUGACGGGGAGAAAAUUGAGCUUCAUGAAUUAAAGGAACUUCUGACCGAGGCCGAAGCCAAAAAGUUUCCAGAAAGUGAACUCUUGACUGCACUUACAAACGCGAUUCAGGAUGCCGAAAAGUGUGCUAGUGUCGCACAGCAAUUGCUAAACACCAAACAACGCACUAGGACAAGACAAUCAGUCGACAACAAGUACAAAUUAACUGUGGAAGAAUUAACGUUAUUCUAUAAGGAGAUAUCGAACUUGAGUUGUGAACUUAAAGAAGCUGAGGGCAUUAAAUACAUUUUAGAUCAAGUGACGCAGUUUCAAAAGGACGCAGAAGAUUUGGAAGCUGCUGAAGAUGAUUGUGAUAUUGAAAAACUAGAGAGCUGUAUCGAUUUUGGAGAAUCUAUUUGUAUUGAUUUGCCACAACUCGUCCGAUUGAAACAGAAAAUGUCGCAGAUUCGUUGGCUGGAGGAAGUGAAGACAAUUCAAGAAGAGCCGAAGACGAUCACUCGCGAAGACCUAGGAAAUUUAAUUGAAAAAGGAAUGACAAUUCCACCACACUUCAGUAUUGAAAAUACACUUUCUAAAUUGCAAGCACUUUUAAACAGUAUUGAUAAAUGGGAGGAUAAGGCGAAAUUAUUCAUUCACACCAAGGAGAGACAGUCAAUUAAAACAGUUGAGGAUUUUGUUCUCGAGGCAGAUGAAAUUGAUGCCUAUUUACCAAGUCUCAAUAUUCUUCAGGAAGUUUUAAAUAAGGCAAAAAGUUGGACGAAAAUUGUCGAGGAUAUACAAGGGAAGGAUAAUAUUGCUUAUUACGAUACACUUGACGAACUUGUUCGAAAAGGACGAAACAUUCCACUUCACCUGGACGCUUUACCAGUCCUUGAAUCAAUUCUCUCACAAGCGAGAUUGUGGAAGGAAAGAACAGCGAGGACAUUCCUGCGAAAGAACUCUCAUUAUACAUUAAUGGAAGCUCUUUCGCCCAGAGUCGGAGUUGGAGUGCAGUCCAUGAAAACAAAGAAGAAUCGUGGCGAUGACACAGUAAGCGCUAUUUAUGUUUGUGAUACGAAACUUGACGACUCGAGUAAUUCAGCAGCGGUCGUUGCUGCUUUCAAGCUUGCCGAGCAACGAGAAAUGGAGGCAAUGAGAAAUUUAAGAAAGAAAAAUGCCAUGAAGGCACAACUCGACGAUUCGAAGUAUUGUGUUUGUCGUAAGGCAAGAUUCGGAACUAUGUUCCAUUGCGAACUGUGUAGAGACUGGUUCCACUAUAACUGUGUACCACUUCCCAAAUUGGCUGUCAAGGGGAAAGCAUCCGUAUCGCCGGAAAUGAAAUUCCUCUGUCCUUGCUGUUUAAGAUCUCGAAGACCACGUUUGGAGACAAUUCUAUCACUUCUCGUUAGUCUUCAAAAAAUACCCGUACGCUUACCGGAAGGAGAAGCUUUACAAUGCCUCACAGAACGUGCCAUGAAUUGGCAGGAUCGAGCUAGACAAGCACUGGCUACAGAAGAGGUUAGCACGGCCUUGUCGAAACUAUCGGUUCUUUCACAAAAAUUGGUGGAGGCUGCUGCCAGAGAAAAGACUGAGAAGAUUAUAAGCAGCGAAUUAAAAAAGGCCGCUAAUAAUCCAGAACUUCAUCAAAGGGUACAGGCGAUCGCACCUCUCAGUGGAGUACAUUCGGAUGACAGUGCUCUCAGCGCACAGGAGGACGACGACGAUAUUAUUCCACUCGAAGAUGAUGAACCAACUUGCAGUACAUUUAAUAGUAAUGAACACGCUUAUUCCUAUGUUUCCAAAUUUAAUCCAAAAGGUGAUGGCUUAAAAGAUCCGGAGUCAACAAUUAAUUUAACGGAUAGCAUUAAAUCACAUCUCGAUGAUUUAAUGAUGGAGGGCGAUUUAUUGGAAGUAGCUUUAGACGAGACUCAUCAUAUAUGGCGGAUUUUAAGUCACACGGCAAAUCCAAAAAGUGUGCGUAAAUAUGCGGCUCUGGAUGAAUCGAAGGGCAAUCAAGAUGCUGAAGUGAAGGAGGUGAAGAAACGGGGUCGUAAACGAAAGUCUGAUGAAUUUGAUCUUGCGAAGGUGAAUCGUCAACGAUCUGAGGAGAAAUUAUGGUCCAAGCAACGUAAGGGAUUUAAUAAUAAGGAGAAAAAAGUGUCUGUCACUGGGCAAGUGAAGCGUGGGCCGCGUAAGAUGAAACGAAAGGACGGCGAGGAAGUGGCGAAGAAGAGGGCGGGUCGUAAGAAAACAAAACAGGAUACUUCUGAGGAUGAGGAGGACUGUGCCGCGUACAGUUGUUUACGACCCAGUGGACACGAAGUCGAUUGGGUUCAAUGUGAUGGUGGUUGUAAUGGUUGGUUCCAUAUGCACUGUGUAGGUCUCGAUCGAACUGAACUCGCGGAAGAAGAUGACUAUAUCUGUGCUAACUGUAAAGACGCGGAUCAAAACACAACGGGAUACCAAAGUGCGGACGCUGACACAGAUGCCGACAGUCAAGAGAUGACAUCUUUCGCCAGAACUUGUUAAAUUGAAGGUCAUUUAGACAUCAAUCAAUUGCACAAAAGAAGAGAAACAUUUUCUAAUGGGAAAACUCGAAGGAAAAGUGAUUUGAAUUUUAACCAAGAAGAAAGAAGAAGAAGAAGAAGAAUUUAAUUCUUGAUUCUGUUUACCAACGUUUUUGUAAACAUCAGAAAAAUCGGCAAACUAUUUUUUUAUUUUUUAAAAAAAAGGUGAAUAUUCUUAAUUAAUGCUAAUUGUAGAAUGAAUGUUUCAUUUUUUUUGACACAGUGAAAAGUGGUGUGGUUCAUGGCCUUCGAAAAUUCUUCGCGCCGUGUGGUGUGUAGAGAUAGACUGAAAAUGAUAUAUAUGUACUAAAACUAUAAAAAUAGAUAAUUAUUAUGUACACCUUAAUAUUUAUCAUCCAAUGUGAAAUUUUAUGAAUUUACACUUUAUUAAGUGUGACUUUACAUUUUUUUAAUUAAAUUCUACGUAUGAAUGAAAAAAAUACUUAAAAAUUUCUUUUUAAGAAAAAAAAUAUUUCAUGGUACGUUAAUAUUAUUUUCAAAAUCAUCUCACACAUUUAUAAGUUACUAGAGGCACUUUUAUAUAGAAAAAAUAAGUAUUAGGAGAAUCCUUGUGUACAUAAUAUCAUAGAUCCUGUUUGAUAGAAUAAUUAUGUAAGAAAAUCGUAGUUUUUUGUAAAAUAUAAUUAUCAUAUUGUGCUACGAAAUAUCAAUGUUUAUGCAGAAAAAAAAAUUUCUAAUUCCAUGUCAAUGGCUAAGGUGCGUCUGUUUUUUAAAGAAAACUAAUUUGCUUCUUCUAUUUUUUAUUUUAAUUUAAAACUUUUGUCAUUGACGAUUACUUAUAUUAUGGCUUUUUAUGAUCUUUGUGUGUUAAUAUAAUAUGUAUGCGUUACCGAAAAGAUAUAAACAUCACACACAGUGUGUUUUAAAUGUCUUCAAAAUUUUCAAAUAAAUAAGUGUCUCAUUUAAAACAGGCUGUGAAAUAAUCAUGAAAAGGAUCGAUAUAAAAACACAUAUGUAUUUAUAUUUUUAUAUAGACACGCAGCCUGUCGACUUUUUCCACAUAAAAAAAAAGAAAAAAAUGAGAAAAAAAAUCGUUAGAAGUCGCACUCUUUUAUCUUUUUUUUAUUCAUUCAUUCAUUCAUUCAUUUACGUUCAAUUUUUAUCAAGGAGAAUUAAAUCCUUUUCUGCGAACAAGUGAAAAUUUAUAUAAUGUACAUAAAAAAACAUUUGUUUCAAUUUUUUUUCGUCGAAAAAAAUUUCUAUGCGACUUAUAACAUUUAGUUUAUUAAUUUUUGAUAGAUGCGUGAUGUGUGUUUAAUUUUUAAUGGAAAAGAAUAUUUAAUUUUCCAAUAAUUUUCCUAUAUAAUACGUUUGUUGUAGCUCUGUGAAGAUUUAUCGUUAAUUUCAUUUUUUUGACUUUGUUUUUCUUUUUUCGUUUUUGUUACAAAAAGCGUACUGUUCCCUUUGCUAUAUUUGAUAUUUCGCCCUUUGUUGUUGCAAUCAGUUCGCUUUGAAAAAAAUCGAUAGUUUAAAUAUUUUGUUUUAUAAUAUGAAAAAUUUUGAAUGAAAAGAAAAAAAAAUGAAUGAAUUCUGGUAAUAUGAAAAAAAAACAAUUAUCUGUACGAACAACUAUUUUAAUAUGCCAAUCAGAAUAAUAUAGAAUUUGUUCAUUGUACACCUAAAAAUAUUAUGUAGACGAAUUACAGAUAUUUAUAAAUCUUAAGGAGGAAAUUUAAAAUAUGAAUGUAGUAAAAAAUAAAAUUUAUUUGUAAGAUUAUAACAUAACUCAUUUGCGUACAAUAUACAUACUAUGCGUACAAUGAAA